GCUCAUUCAUUCGUUCAUAUAAAAUCUAUUUUUGGGGUAUCAUCUCCAUUAUUUCAAGAAACAAGAAACAUAGUUUAGUAGUAGCAAUUAUGGGUUCGAGCAGCAGUCGUAUAAAAGCAUCAUCAUCGUCAUCAUCAACAAGAGGGUCGAGACUCAAACGGACUAAGCUCAAACUUUCUUCUCUCCUUUGUGGUGCUUCCACUUCUCAGUCGGACCUUGAGCUUGAAAUUCAUCCCCAAAAUUUGCUGGGAAGUUCAUUAGAAGAUCAACCUCUGGUUGGUGAUUUUUCCCGGUAUUCUGUAGCAGAACCUUCUUCAACAUUUAGUUCAGAAGUUGGUCAUGCUAGUUCCAAACCUGAGACUGGAUCCUCAUCAGAAAACACUAGUGGUCUUAUUGAGGAUGCUUUUGUUGAAUAUAAUUUGAUAAAUGCCGAAGUGAACAUCAAUAGUGCAUGCCUUUCAAGUGAUAAGCGUUCAGUAUGUGACCAGGCAAGAGGCAGCUUAACUGCAGCUGUUAGUUCCUGCAAUUCAGGGAAUGAAGGUGAAUCUAUGACGUGCUUGAAUACUGAAGACUCUCACUCGGUGCCAGAGGAGUGCAGAAGCUCAUGUUCACAUGGGGAUUCGAUGGAGAAUCACAGGGAUAUAGAUAUUGAGUCAAUUUCUGAUUCUAGAUCUAUUUCUGUUACUUCUGACUCUAUACCUAGGCAUCAAUUUCUCGAGGGUGAUGCCUCUCAAGAAGCAUCAACAUCUAGUUCUGGAUUUGUUUUGUUGGACAGUGAGCUUGGAGUAACUACUCAAGAUGUGCUACAUGUUGAUGUGGUGAGUAUCUCUUCCAACAUUUUAUCUCGUAGCAUUGCUGAUAUAGGCAGUCGAGAAACAAGAAGAAACAGUAGGAGGCUCUUUUGGGAUGCUAUAUCAAGACGCAGUUUGAGGAGGGAUAGUGAUUCUCCAACCAUUGUUUUUGCAACUGGUCAUGCUGAUGAUCUAGGAUCUCGUGACAGAUGGCUAAUUAAUUUGAGUGGUGAUCUCCAUUAUGAUGGAGUUGGAUUUGAUUCUGGUUAUGGGACUGGCAGAAAUCAUAGCAGAAGUGAACAAAGACAGCCAACAAGAUCUGAGGUAUCUGAAAGAGUGCUUGAAGGCCUUGGUAGCCGAGUUCCACAACAAAAUCUUUGCUCAUCAGGCCUUCAUCCUGAUGGUACAUGUUCAUGUGAACCAUUACUCACAACUGAAGAGUUCAGUACCCUUGCAAGUAUUUCACGAAUAAUUAUGCUUGCUGAGGCCUUAUUUGAGGUCAUGGAUGAGAUUCAUCGACAAUCUUUCACACUUUCUCUAUCUACGCUUUCGCUUCCAGCUCCAGAUUCUGUUGUGGACUCGUUUCCACUCAAGUCUCACAAGAAGUUAGGAGCUGUAGACAAUGCACCCACAGAUAUCCAACAGUGUCACAUUUGUUUGGCCGAGUAUGAAGAGGGCGACAAACUGAGGGUCCUUCCUUGCCGCCAUGAGUACCAUAUGCUUUGUAUCGAUAAAUGGCUUAAGGAAGUAAAUCGGGUUUGCCCAGUCUGCAGGUUCGAUGUUUGUGAGAAUCCUGGGAUUGAUUCUGCCUCAAAUUCAGAAGCUUCUUAACAAUGGUGCUAAUUUUAAAUACAAAACAGAUUUAGGAUGAAAUGUCAGUAUUGUAAUAGCUGUGAGAUUGUAAAUGUAUAGGAGUAAUACAUUUAGGUAAAAAAGUAACAAUGUUGUAUGAAGAAGUGUCAUAUAGCAGUGAAAAUUUCUUAUUUUCCUUUCA